GAAAUUAGAUAAAUUAAUUUAAAAAUAAUUUUAUAUGAAAAUUGCAGGAAACAUGCAAACCCUUGCCCGUUACCCAAACAUUAUUGCGUGUGGCGGCAAGAGCAAACUGCUGGUGAGUAUUGAUUGAAAUUACCAAAAUGCAGCUGUCCAAUGAAAACGUUUGGCUAUGCAUGCUCCAUUGGACUGAGGGUUUUAUCGUCAUUUCACAAUUUUAAUUGCAGCGACCAUCUGGAUUUCUCCUUCGAAAUUACGGAGGAACCUGCUCACUUGCCAUAAGUGACACUUCCAGCUUCAGCUCUUCCUCUGCUCCGUUCAGUUUUCCCUCCCACAAUCUCUCGCUCUUUCUCUGAUCUCUUCUCUCUCUCAAAUCUCUGCAAAACCCUGACGGUCGCAGAAGAUUUUUUUGUAUUUCACUUGUUCUCUCUCUCUCUCUCUCUCUCUCGUUGGGUCCCCAAAUCCCUAUUUUAUAGUGGGCUUCGCUCGAAUAUUGCCUUUGUCUCAUUCUGCCAUGGACUUCAAAUGCCGUGUGGGCGAAGAAGGAGCUUCGAGCUACAUUCCUCCUCGCUCUUCGAACGGCACCUUCUUUAUCUCCCAGCCUCCAUUACGCGCUUCAAUCCCGCGCACAACCACCGGCGUCGAAAGCAACGGUUAUGAUGUGAACGAGUUAAUCCGUAGAGAGGCUGAGAAGAAGAUGAUUAGGAAGGAGAUUAUUGCCGCGGAGAUUUUAAGGCGGCUAGAGCUCGAAGCGGAGGUCCGGAGGGAACUCCAAAUCGAGAGAGACGCUGGAAUGAUCAACGGAGAAGGGAUUUAUCUAACGCCGUCUGACAUGCAGGUGCCGCGGAUGUCUUUGAUGACCGGUGGGGGAUCUGGUGCCAUGCCAUUCCAGCGGCAGCCGGAGAGAUUUAUGGCGUUGAGGCGGCCGGAAGUUGGAUGUCCAAAACAAUUGCCGUUUCAGCGCCACACUGAGGCGGGUAAGCCGGCUAUUGAGCCGCUGCCUGAACGGAAGACUGGACAAGUCUUGUUUCUGGGUAAGCCCACAAACUCAAAUCUUGCUGGGGUAAAGAGGAAAGCAGAAACAAUGGCAAUAUCAAGGGCUGAUGGUGUUCAUUCAGUAAACCCAAGUAAAAAGUCACAGAAGGAAUGGAGCUGUGCUAUCUGUCGAGUCAGUGCCACAUCUGAGCGAGGUCUGAAUGAUCAUCUUCAAGGAAGGAAACACAAGGCUAAGGAGGCAUUGCUGAGAAGCAAUAAGAUGGAACACACGGAUGGCUCUAAUCUGUUGCCAAAGAAAGCUGAGAAGUCCAUUGAACAUGCAGUGACUGCCAUCAUGCCUAUUGAAGGAAACAGUCAAGCUGUUAAUGAGUUCAAGAUAAAGCCUAUUGAACAAAGGAGUCAAGAUGUUAAUGAGGUCGAGAUAAAGCCUAUUGAAGGACACAUUCGAAAUGUUAAUGAGGUCUUGAAAAAUGACAAAGCCAUGGCACGGGGAAUGCAGAUUACUGAGUUGGAGGAAAAUGGCAGAUACCUGGCAGAUGAAAAGCAAGAAACAGUGGAUCCAAAGAUGCAGAAACCUAAGUAUUGGUGCCUAAUGUGUAAAGUGGGAGCGAACAGCGAAGCACAAAUGGAUAUUCACCAGACGGGAAGGAAGCACAUGGCUAGGCUGCUGGAAAAUGGUGGGGCUGUUAUUACUAUAAACAGUAUGCCUGAGUGUGUUCAGGAAGCUGAAGAGGCAGCUAUGAAAGAGGGAGUGGAGGUUAAUGCUGAUGUAACUGCAGAAUUUUCAAUGACAGAGGGAAAGGGGGAUUCAUUUGAGGAUGCUGUUAAGGCCAAUGAAACAACUGCAGUAAAGGGUGAGGAGGUUUCACCAGAUAAUGGCGAGGCUAGGGAAAUAACAGUCAAAAGGGGAAGUGAUGAUUCACUAGGCAAUGCUGAAGAGGCCGAGGAAACUGCAAUCAACAUGCUAAAAGAAUAUUUGUUGGGUUGUGCUGAUGUAGAAAUUGACGGAGUGGGUAACUUGGAAGACCAAAAUGCAAGACUCUGAACAAUUGAAUCGAUGGUUGAUCCAUGAUUUAGUCAAUUGGAGGCCCUCUUCCUCUUAUGGAAUAGGUGGUUAGUCAUAAUCUCGGACUCCUUAUGGUACUUUGCUAAGAGCUAAAUUAAUGACACAUUCUUCUAUUGUUUCAAGUUAUUUGUGUUUGGUUCUGGUUUUGUUCAGACCAUACUGUGCAAAACCCUGCUGCUAAUAGUUGAUAGUGAUCAAAAGCUUCUUUCUUGGAUUAAUUCAGUAUUAUGAUUUCUCUG